CGCUCGGCUGCUCCGCCCUGCCGCUCGGCUCUGGAUUAGCGCAACUGGCGACGUGGGACGGCCCGGCCCGGCUCCGCGCCCGCCGCCGGCUCCGGGAGCGGCACCGGAGCUGCACCGGGAGCUGCACCGGGCAGGCCGCCGACGGGACGAGGAGUCCGAGGGCGGCGGCACUCUGCGACAGCCCCGCCAGCGCGACGCGGUGAGGGGCGGCGGCGCAGGAAGCGCCCCGGUGGGCGGCGAUGGCGCUGCGGGCGCGGGCGCUGUACGACUUCAGGUCGGAGAACCCGGGUGAGAUCUCGCUGCGGGAGCACGAGGUGCUGAGCUUGUGCAGCGAGCAGGACAUCGAGGGGUGGCUGGAGGGCGUCAACAGCCGCGGGGACCGCGGGCUCUUCCCGGCUUCUUACGUGCAGGUGAUCCGCGCCCCCGCCGCCGAGCCGCCGCCCGCCCGCUACGCAAACGUCCCCGUCGGCGGAUUCGAGCCGCUGCCGCCCCCCGCCGCCUUCAAGCCAGCGGCGCAGCAGCCUCCGCCCGAGCCCUUCCCGCCGCCCCCCGCCGGGUAUCCCUUUCCGCCCUACGGCGGCUCCUACCAGCCCAGCCAGGGCAGCGAUGACGACUGGGACGACGACUGGGACGACAGCUCCACGGUGGCCGACGAGCCGGGCGCCCUGGGCAGCUCCUACCCCGACUACGAGGCGGCGGGCGGCGGCGCCUCGGGCCGGUACCGCCUGUCCACGCGCUCCGAGCCGUCCCUGGGCCCCCGCGGCGCGGGGCAUCCACCGGGACACCCGCACCCCCCCGGCGGCGGCGGUGGCGCCAAGAGCUCGGCCACGGUGAGCCGCAAUCUCAAUCGCUUCUCCACCUUCGUCAAGUCCGGCGGAGAGGCCUUCGUGCUGGGCGAGGCGUCGGGCUUCGUGAAGGACGGGGACAAGCUGUGCGUAGUGCUGGGCCCCAGGGGCCCUGAGUGGCAAGAGAACCCCUACCCCUUCCAGUGCUCCAUCGAGGACCCCACCAAACAGACCAAAUUCAAGGGCAUGAAGAGUUACAUUGCCUACAAGCUGGUGCCCAGCCACACGGGGCAGCAGGUGCACCGCCGCUACAAGCACUUUGACUGGCUCUAUGGGCGCCUGGCUGAGAAGUUCCCUGUCAUCUCCGUGCCACACUUGCCAGAGAAGCAGGCCACUGGCCGCUUUGAAGAGGACUUCAUCUCCAAACGUCGCAAAGGCCUGGCCUGGUGGAUGGACCACAUGUGCAGCCACCCUGUGCUGGCUCAAUGUGAUGCCUUCCAGCACUUCCUCACCUGUCCCAGCACGGAUGAGAAGGCCUGGAAACAGGGCAAGCGCAAGGCUGAAAAGGAUGAGAUGGUGGGUGCCAAUUUUUUUCUGACCAUCAGUGUCCCUACAGGCCCUGGGGCCAGCCUAGACUUGCAGGAGGUGGAAAGCCAGGUGGAUGGCUUCAAAGCCUUCACCAAGAAGAUGGAUGAGAGUGCCCUGCAACUUAAUCACACGGCCAACGAGUUUGCCCGCAAACAAGUCACUGGUUUCAAGAAGGAAUACCAGAAGGUGGGGCACUCCUUCAAGUGCCUCAGUCAGGCAUUUGAGCUGGACCAGCAGGCCUUUUCGGCUGGCCUCAACCAAGCCAUAGCCUUCACUGCAGAAGCCUAUGAUGCCAUCGGGGACCUCUUUGCAGAUCAGCCCCGGCAGGACCUAGAUCCUGUGAUGGAUUUGUUAGCAUUGUAUCAGGGGCAUUUGGCCAACUUUCCAGACAUUAUCCAUGUGCAGAAAGGAGCCCUUACCAAAGUAAAGGAGAGUAAGCGGCACGUGGAAGAGGGGAAGAUGGAGCUGCAAAAAGCUGAGGGCAUUCAAGAACGUUGUAACAUUAUCUCCUUUGCAACCCUCGCAGAAAUUAAUCAUUUCCACAAAAUUCGUGUGAGGGACUUUAAAUCACAAAUGCAGCAUUUCUUGCAACAGCAAAUACUCUUUUUUCAAAAAGUGACACAAAAGCUAGAAGAAGCUCUUCACAAGUAUGACAGUGUUUAGUCUCUGAUCUGUGGACUUUGCUCAGCAUGAACAUGACCCAGGCAGCAGAGCAAAUGCUGCUGAAGAGCUGUUGCCAGUGGUAGAUGGCGGUACAAGGAUGGGUUUGUGUUCAUCUGGAGCCCAGGUUUAAUCUCCCAUUAUGUAGAAAGGAAACAGUUAUAGGGCUAUGUAGUAGAAACCGUACCACGCAUUGUAACUAAGUUAUACUGUGUAUGCCUACACCAUUGUAACUUUUUGAAAUAAUGAAUAUACUAUUUGCCUUAUUGCUUUUUGAAAUACAGUAUCUUAGUGCAUACUUCAUAGACCUCAAAGCCCUCUGGGUAUUUAAGGAAGUUGGCUAGAUAAAUGCCUUCUUCAGAUGCCUUUUUACUUUCCUAGAUCUGGAUUUCCUAAAUUCAAACAAUUCUCUGUUUACAGACUCCUACUAGAGCAGCUAUGUGAUUCUGUGCCUUUAGACUCUAUUUUUCCUUUUCUAGUAAGUCACAUUUUUAUGAUUAAAUGAAUGAAGGGUUGGUGCCUAUGAUGGGAACUGAUGAUGAAACCUCACAUUGACUGGAAAAAAAUCAGCUGCCAUCCAGUUUGCGUAGCAAGUACUUUCUUAGGACAAAUGUUGGCUCAAAAGGGAAAAGUUAAAUUUAUUCACACUUUCCCUGGAAAUUGAGACUACUUGUUAAAUGUACUAGGUUGUUAAGCACAUGUACAAAAAUACACCACUUAACUCCCUUUCUGAAAGAAAUAAUACAGUAAGGGGUGAGGUUUUGUUUUUGUUGGAUUUUUUGGGUUUUUGUUUUGUUUUGGUGGUUUUUUGUUGUUGUUUUUUGGGGGGUUUUUUGUAUACAGCAUUACUGUAAGUGGAAAUUUGAAGAGCUAGCCUAAUAAAAAUUGCAUAUAUCAAGGGGAUAUUAAUGCAAGCUAUAUGGCUGCAACUUUUUUUUAAAGUUUCAAAUUAUUUGCUCUUUGUUCAGUUGCUGAUUCAGUUUAACUUCAGACUUGCAUCUGCACUGCCAGUUGUCUGAGUUUAAACUCCACUGUGAUUCAUUAGUUUACUAAGUUGAAAGUUUUUGGGGAUUAUCAGUAAAUAAAUUAUCUGAAGGCUUGGCUGAACUGACUUGGAAAACAGGUGGCAUUUUUAUGUUUGUAACGCUCAAGAAUUAACAAUUGUCUUAAUUUUUGUAUAAAUAUUUUUGACAAGCAGGGUGCAUUUAUAGAUGUGUAAACACUACCUUUUAAAGAGGUUUAUGGCUUAUUUCCCUUGAAUUAAGUCUGUAUUCUUACCUAUUGAUUUCCUUCUUAUAGGUCAGUAUGAAAAAGGGUUUUUAUUUAUCCUAUCUUUUUUUCUCAUGAACAAAAAUAACAAAACUUUGUGAGGAAGCAAAAUGUUUAUUUUUUUGUUUAAUUGAAUUAGUCAAAAAUAGCUUAAACAAAUGAAAGCCUGGAAAAGGAAGUUGAGCAACAGUUACAGUUAAGUAGAAAUCAUUCCUCACCUAUGCAGCAGAAAUGUGCAGUUCUUUCACACGAUCAUGCGAGGUUUUGUAGUUUAACCCCAGACCUCUGUUUCAGAGGAAUAACACUUAAGAAUGUAGUUUUGGUUCUACGAUUCAUCCCCAAAUGUUUGGAGAUGGCUGUUUUGCACAAGCUGUGUUUGGCAGUGCUUCUAGUACACACACAACGCAGUAAAAUACAGAAUUAUGAAGAGGGGAAAGCACGUAUUUGUAAAAGGACAAUCAGUGAGGAAAGACUCCAUUUCCAGCCUGUUGAAACAUUAUUAUCUUGUUCUGCAAACAAGAUUGACCGUAAAAUAAGGACCACAGUCACAGGGCUGACUUGCUUUUUACCUUCCUUAUGGUGUCUCAUUCUACAUUCAAAACUUACCACUUCCCUUAAGAGCUCUUCCCAGCAGUACUCCUGCUUUCCCAUAUGUCAUUUAAUUAUGUGACAGAGUGAUGAACUAGGUUUGAGCUGAGUUCCAUGGCUGAUGUUUGCUUAAGCCAGAUACUGUUUUAGUAAAUGUCUUUACAGUAAUUAGAUCAGACUAUAAUCAAGCUGAUUCUACAUGGAGGUAUUAAGACCUGUUCAGAAAUUGAUCUUGGUUCAGUAGAAGUAUUUUAGGAGGUUAGUAUUAAUGACAUGUUCAUGUCUGGGAGGAAAUUAAGCUGUGAUAUGUAUUCAUACAACAUUAUCAGACAGGUACAGUUUUCCCUAAUAAACUGUCAUGGCCUUCACCUUACUUUCUCAUUUGUGAAUUUAUUUGGGCACAGAAAAAGUGAGUGUAGUAAUUGGUUAAAUUUGAUGUACCAGAAAAUCUUGGCUGGGAUCCUGGUUUAAAUUGUUGCAGAGUACAGAAGUUCAAGUCUACAUCUAUAUUAGCAUUUUUGUUAUUUUCCUCAGUCAUUAUAGAGUUGAAGUUGAACUGGCUGAUGGGUGGAGCACAAGGAGUUACGGUAAAGGAUGUUGCAUCAGGCUGGUGACUGUGGGGUUCCACAGAGCUCAAUCUCAGGCCCUAUGCUCUUCACUGUCUUCAUAAAUCACUUGGACACAGAACCCAAAGGGGUACUAAGUUUGAUGAUGAGGCUAAACUGGGAAUGACUGUGGACACCCUUAAAGGCAGAGAAGCUCCACAGAGAGAUGGACAAAUCAGAGGGCCAGGCAAUCACCAACUAUAUGAAGUUCAACAAGGACUGGUGCCAGAUUCUGCACCUGGGAUGGGGCAGCCCUGGAUGUACAGACAGACUGGGGAAUGAGAGGCUGGGCAGCAGUGCCAUGGAAAGGGCCCUGGGCUUCUGGUCCAUGGCAAGCUGAACAUGAGCCAGCAGUGCCCUGGUAGCCAGGAGGGCCAAGCGUGUCCUGGGGGCAUCAGGGACAGCAUGGCCAGCCGGGCAAGGGAGGGGAUUGUCCUGCUCUGCUCUGAGCUGGGGCGGCCUGACCUCCAGUGCUGGGAGCACUUUUGGGUGCCACAGUAUCAGACAUUAAACUACUGGAGAACAUCCAGAGGAGGGCCAUGAGGAUGUUGAGGGUUCUGGAGGGGAAGCCUGAUGAGGAACAGCUGAGGUCACUUGGUCUGUCCAGCCUGGAGAAGAGGAGACUGAGGGGAGACUUUGCUGUGCUUUUCAACAUCCUCAUGAGGGGAAGAGGAGGGGCAGGCACUGAUCUCAUCUCUGUGGUGACCAGUGACAGGUCUCAAGGAAAUGGCCUGAAUUUGUGUCAGGUGAGGUUUAGUUGGAUAUCAGGAAAGGGUUCUUCAUCCAGAUGGUUUUUGGGCACUAGAACAGGCUCCUGAGGGAAGUGGUCCAAGCACCAAGCCAGGCAGAGUUCAAGAAGCGUUUGGACAAUGCUCCAGCGUAUGGUGUGUCUCGGGGAUUCCUGUCUGGAGUUGGUUUCCUUGGGGUCAGGAGUUGGACGUAAUGAUCCUAAUGAGUGUCUUCCAGCUCAACAUAUUCUAUGAGUUUAUGGUGUAGGGUGCCUGAACUCCAUUAAUGCUUGCUGCACUAUAUAAGAACUACAAUAUUAAUUGUAUUUGGACCAAGUAUGACAUUGACCACUUACGACCACGUAUGACUGACUACUGAGUGGUGUGGUCUGGGAUCCAAGUGUACUCUACAGUAAUGUGAAUGUAUAUUGUGUGGGACUAUGGAAGCACCAAAGGAAAUCUAACAAAUAAAUAAAUGUGAAAGAAAGCAAAUUUGCUCUACAUCAUGAACACUUUUGUUUCAUGUGAUUCGUGUAAUUUGUUUUCAGUUCAUCACAGUUUUUGUGUUGUUUUUAGCAUACUAAAAAUUGUUAGAUAUUUGAUUGCUAUCCCUUUUCUUUUGUGAUAUUUGCAGAAGAGAGUUACCCCUAUGAUUUGUGCAUGUUCUCUACGUUCUUGUUGCAAAUAAAAUUUGCUUGGUUUUAAAAAA